ACGGUAUACCAAAAACAGCGACCUCUUACAGCUCAAUGCGUACAACUGUUGAUGGCUGUAGCAAUUGAAGUUUCAUUAUAUUUUCGCAAGGUCACUUCAAAUGAAGAACUCUUGAAUUUCAGAAUAUUUUCUUUCUAAAACACUAAGAUACUAACUGAUGAAAUAAGAGCUGACGAGGAAUAGUUGACAUAUUUAGUGGAUGAGUUUGUUUACGUGAACGAAAAGAAAAUGGACAGUAAGAAUAUUUCACCCAGCCAAAGUUUAUUUAGUAAAGAGAAAACAGAUGAAGUACUUGCUGGUCCGUCUAGUUCGGAAAAAGAAGGAAAUCUUAUUAAAAAAUUGAUAAGUGGAGAACUGUCGUUUUCUGAAUAUAACAAAGAAAUGGAUGAAAACACAAACAUAUCAGACGAAGACGAAGAUGACGAUGGUAUCGAAGACUUUAUACCACAAAGAGAAAAAUCGAAAAAUAAGGCCUCAAAACACUUUGAAGCGGAACUUCAUAAAACACGAAAAGAUGCAAUGCGCGGAAAUCUCAAAGGCCGCGUUAAAAUGAGGGACGGUCGACAACGCAGACGAUGUGUUUUACCAGCUGCAUUGCAAGGUUUAAUGGGCGAAGCCAAUUUGCGAUACGCACGUGGGGAAAACGACUUGGCUGAGAAAGUUUGUUUAGAAAUCAUUCGUCAAGUUCCAUUGGCAUCGGAGCCAUUUCUAACUUUAGCACAGAUACAUGAUUCAAAUCCCGAAAAAUAUCUCCAGUUUUCGUUGAUAGCUGCACAUCUUAACCCUGCAGACUCAGAACAAUGGAUUCGUAUUGCACAGUUUUGCAUUGAACAAAAUGACAUCAAACGUGCUAUUAACUGCUUCACCAAAGCAAUAAAAUUCAAUCCCAAAGAUAUUGAACUACGUCUUAAACGUAUUGAGCUGUUGGAAUCAAUUGAUGAUGAUAAAAUGGCUUUCCGCUGCUGGUAUUCUUUAGUGUUCAUUAUACCGCUUGAACAAGGGGCAUUCCUUUUGCAGACAGCUAAAAUGGUUACUGAACGGUUCAUAAAAUCAAAACAAUAUGCUAAGGCACUGGUGGUCAUGUCAUACACUUACAGGAAAGUACCAGGACUCUUCCAGAAUGAAGACUUGAACCAGCUUUUUGAACUGUUGAUAUCAAACAAUGAAUUCAAACAAGUUGUUGACAUAUUAUGCAAACACACCGAUCUACAAGUGACUUACCAUACUAACAAUCAAUGCAAUACAAUAAUUGAUAGAGUAAAAAUACCCAAAUUAAUGAUUCUAGACUUUCGCAGUAAACUUAUCGUGAGCUUGAUUCAAUUAAAAGCGUUCCAUUUAAUGGAGUGUCUAAUCGAGAAUAUUUUUACACACAUUAAUAUUACCGAUGCUGGUGAUUGCUACCUGGAUGUCGCUGAAGCCUUGAUGAAAAUGGAACAGUUUGGUGAGGCGAUUCGACUAUUAGAACCACUACUCAAAAGUAAAAAUUAUUGUUUGGCAGCUGUUUGGUUAAGGCAUGCUGAUUGUUAUCGCGCUAUUGGUGAUUGUGAUAAGGCUAUAAUUUCCUAUUCCCAAGUAGUUGCGAUGGCACCACAACACUUUGAUGCACGGCUCACAUUAGCAGCGUUAUUGAAACAGCAGGGACGAGAUGGAGAGGCGCUACGAGCUCUUGAACAGAAUUUAGAGAGUGAAUUGAUUGAUCCUUGUGUACUGUAUGAACGUUGUUUCAUGCUUAAGGAAAUUUGUGAUUUUGAACAAUAUAUAAACGUGGCAAUGCUCCUGAUUUCACGGCACUGUAUCCGAUUGCGAAAUUCCUACGAAAUGUUCGUAGUGACGCAUACAAGCAAAUGGAGCAAUAAACUCCAGUUGAUUCGUGAGAACAGAAGAGCUCGAAAAGAGCCAAUCGAAGAUGAGGAAGGCCCGGAAUUUGUAGGCAUAUCUGAAAAUCAGCCAUCAAUUGAAGAGGAAUUUAAUCUGUUGAAGUCUGUAUUGGAAACAUUGCUCAACAUGAAAAAAGUAACUUUAAUGCAAAGAUUAACAUUUACUGCCUUAUCAUCCAAACGUUUCGGAAUACAAUACACGCGGGAGAUGUAUUUUUAUGCGCUUCUAUCAACUAUCUUUAAUCGCGACUCGAAUUUCGGCUUUGUACUUAUCAAGGAUCUGAUAGUAAAACAUUUGAAAAACCACAGAAUGUGGAACCUCUUCAAUGUUAUUAUCCAAUUUACCGACAGCAAUUGCCGUUAUAGCAGAUUUCUGAACCGUUUGAUUGAUCGUUCUGGAAAUGCAAUUGAGGAGUGGCCAAAAAUCUUGCGUGCGAACUAUUGGAUUGUUUCUGGAACAUACAAAUAUGCACUGAACGACUACAUGAGACAUUUCAAGAUAGAUCCAUCACCAUUAGUGGCUUUACUGAUCGGUAUCACUUACAUGAGUAUAGCUCAACAAAAAUAUACAACUAAAAAACACAUGCUUAUCUCACAGUCCAUUUCAUUUCUCAACGAAUAUGCAAAAUUUCGGGAACCUGAGGCUUACAAUGAAAUUCAAUAUAAUCUAGGUCGUUUACAUCAUCAAUUUGGGAUGUGUCACAUUGCUGUUCAUUACUAUAAACAAGUACUAAAGUUUACAAAUGAAUUGAUUCAAAAUCAUUCGAUGCAUUUGGAACUACGAAGAGAAGCUGCAUAUAAUUUGCAUUUAAUAUAUAAGAAAUCCGGAAACCGCGAACUAGCCCGUAAGAUGUUGAACGAUUUCAUAGUUGUUUGAAAAUGAGGGAACAAAAUGGAAGCAAACUGAAUUUUUAAUAAACUUUUUAUAUUUAAAAAAAACAACUUAUCUCCAACGGUUUAUAAAAUGUAUUUUUAUUUAUACGUUCGACUUUCAUGUUUUUCAAACUUCGAUCUUUUACAACAAAAUCAAAAUCACAGAUAUCUUUCUCGAAAUAUUUACCAUACAUAAAUUUGAAAAUACAGUACGCCCCCGAAAAUUAGAAAUAAAAUGUCCCGAGACCUUUUCUAAUUUGCGGGGUUUUCUAAUUUCUGAGGUUCUUACAAUUCCAUCAAAAAUUGCUAUGAAAAACCAGAAAAACCCCGCAAAUUAGAAGUAAACCCCGGAAAUUCGAAAUUGUCCAUACCCGAAACACAUUUCUAAUUUCUGAGGUUUUCUAAUUCUCGGGUUUCUAAUUUGCGGAGGCGCACUUUAAUAUGAACAGUCCAAUAAAAAAGUGUCUAGUUUCAAUUUAAACAGCAUAAAAUUCUGAGUAAAAUAUUGAUGUUCACACAAAAAAGCAUUUGAUAUUCAGACUUCCUGAAGUAGAAAAAACUUUCAAUAAAUGCAACAAUAUUGUUCUAUCUCCAA